UUGCAACUCCUUCUAAACAGUAACUGCACUGGCUAGUGCGCCACAAAGAAUUGGAACUACAUAUCCCAGCAAGCAUUCCUGAGCAUGUGAUUCAGCUCUGCACAAACUUCUCAGCUGCUGGAGCGGAGGACUGCAUCAACUCACUACACUAAAGUUCCACUGCAGGCUCCUAAUGGGACGACUUGAAGGGAAAGUCAUUGUCCUGACAGCCGCUGCCCAGGGGAUCGGCCGGGCUUCUGCCCUAGCUUUUGCAAGAGAAGGUGCUAAGGUCAUAGCCACGGAUAUCAAUGAGUCUAAACUUCAAGACCUGGAAGAGUACCCAGGUAUUCAAACACGAGUCCUUGAUGUCACAAAGAAAAAACAAAUUGAUCAGUUUGCCAAUGAAGUUGAGAGAGUCGAUGUUCUCUUUAACGUUGCUGGUUUUGUGCACCAUGGAACCAUUCUAGACUGUGAAGAAAAAGACUGGGACUUCUCAAUGAAUCUUAAUGUCCGCAGCAUGUACCUGAUGAUCAAGGCAUUUCUUCCCAAAAUGCUUGCUCAGAAAUCUGGCAACAUUAUCAACAUGUCCUCCGUGGCCUCCAGCAUCAAAGGAGUGGAGAAUAGAUGUGUGUACAGUGCCACCAAGGCAGCUGUGAUAGGCCUCACAAAGUCCGUGGCUGCAGACUUCAUCCAGCAGGGAAUCAGGUGCAACUGUGUGUGCCCAGGAACGGUUGAUACCCCCUCUCUGCAAGAAAGAAUUCAAGCCAGAGAAAACCCUGAAGAGGCGCUGAGUUCUUUCCUAAAGAGACAGAAAACAGGAAGAUUUGCGACCGCUGAAGAAGUAGCCCUGCUCUGCGUGUUCUUGGCCUCUGAUGAAUCAGCCUAUGUAACAGGCAACCCUGUCAUCAUUGACGGAGGCUGGAGCCUGUGACCACCACGGUUGAUUCUCCUUGCCGGGAAGGAAGGCAGGCCCUUCUUAUGCACAGCGCACCUGUUUCUCAAGAAAACUACCACUGGCCAUCUCUCUUCUGAAUGAUAUUAAUGAAAAAAUGCCCCUUUUAAUGAUUGUUCCCACAAGUUUGAUUCUUUAAGUUUUUCUAAUCUCUUUUGAAAUGACCAUUAAUAAAUUCAGCUUUUGCAAAAUGAA